AUGGGGAAUUUAUUCGUGAAGAAGCCCAAGAUCACCGAGGUCGAUCGAGCUAUUCUCUCUCUCAAGACUCAGAGACGCAAGCUUGCUCAGUACCAACAACAGCUUGAAGCUGUAAUUGAAGCCGAAAAGCAAGCUGCAAGAGAUUUGAUUCGCGAAAAGAAAAAGGAAAGAGCUUUGUUAGCAUUAAAGAAGAAAAAAGCACAAGAAGACUUAUUGAAGCAAGUUGAUACCUGGGUUAUCAAUGUUGAGCAACAGUUGCUAGAUAUUGAACUGACAAGCAAGCAGCAAGCUGUAUUUGAGAGUUUGAAGGCUGGUAAUAAUGCGAUUAAAGCCAUACAAAGUGAGAUCAACCUUGAGGAUGUUCAAAAGCUAAUGGAUGAUACUGAUGAAGCUAAAGCUUACCAAGAUGAAAUGAAUGCAAUCUUGGGGGAGAAAUUAUCAGCAGAAGAUGAAGAGGAUAUUUUGGCAGAACUUGAGAAUUUGGAAGCUCAGAUCACUGUUCAAGAUCUGCCUAAAGUUCCUGCUUCUGUGGUGUCUCCUCAAGAAGAUGAGAAGUUGGACCUUCCCGAUGUACCAACCAAAGCACCAGAUGCACCUGAUGCAAUCACAUAUGAUACCGAAGUUUCCUCUAAGAAAAAAGUUAUGGAAGAACCAUUGGUGGCUUGA